CACUGUUAUCUGAGCUUUACACUAGACGUUCUUACAAUCUAGCUAUGGCACAAGUCACACUGCUGUCGCUGUGGGCACUGCCACCUUCCGACGCGGCCUUGGCGCUGGGCAGCUGGCUGCUCUUCUUCUUAUUCGCUCGGUUCUUCUUCUCCUGGUGGCUGUUCCGUGACUAUGCCGUGCGCAGUGCCGCCACUCCGCUGCUCUUCGCAGCCUCCCUGACCUUCUCACUGAGCAUUUUUCAGAUGGUUCUGUUUGAAGUGACGGAUGUGAUGCACGUGGGCAGUCGCCAAUGGGUAUGGCGUGUAGAUCUCAUUGCCAUGACCUAUCUAGUGGUGCUGGUGUUGCCGGUCUCACUAUUCUACGCGAUGGCAAGGGAGUACGGCGUGGAAAGACGACAAGCAGCGAUGACAGCAUGCACGCUGCUGUUAUUCUACCUUUACGGCUUCUGGAGACUUGGUGGAGUGCUUGAACCGGAUCUACCUCGUCAGUCAGUUGAAGCGCUGUUCUCUAUUCGCAAUUUCGUGAGUCGCGUGAGUCUGCUAGGUGUGGUGUUUAUGGCGCUGCUGUCUGGCUUUGGUGCAGUUAACUGUCCGUACGAGUACAUGACGUUCUUCUGGCGACGAGUAGCUGAGGAAGACAUCGAGUUCUUAGAGAAAAGGCUGCGUCAUAAUCUGGAUAUCCUGAUCGCUAAGAAGAAGCGACUGAUGUUAGAGGUACGUGCGUCGGCGAGACGACAGGAUGAGGCUUUUGCAAGCAGGAACAAGAAGCGUUCGAUCUUUGCUCGCGCGUUCAGCUUCUGGUCAUCGAAACAGGACGACACCACGUAUAUUAAGGGACUUGAAGCGGAGAUCUUGACACUGGAGAGUCUCGGACGCGAGCUGUUCUUGGAGGUGAAUGACCUGAGAGAUGUGCAGGCCAGAUCGCUGCGAGCGAGGACGUUCCGGGGCCGCGUGUUCAACUUCUUCGGCUACGUCAUGUCUGCCUUCUGCGUGUACAAGAUGGUUAUGAGCACAGUGAACGUGGUCUUCCGGAGGAAUCGCGACAAGGAUCCGAUCACGGAUGCAGUAGAGAAGCUGCUGUAUAUCUGGCCAUCACUUGCGGAACAGCUGAACAUCCGCUUCGUAUCGGAGGUCGCUUCACUGGGUUUUGUGGGGAUUCUCGUGUUCACGCAGACCAGAGGCUUCCUUGUGACGUUGCUCAAGUUCUUUCGCACCUAUUCGAGCACUGUCUCCUCUAAUAGUGUCGUGCUUUGGCUGGCCCACCUCAUGGGGAUGUACUUCGUGUCGUCUUUCGUCCUCAUGCGGAUGAACCUCAGUCCUCUACAUCGGUACGGUAACGAUUAGGGGGCGAUCUGUAACUGUAACUCGGACUCUAACAGCGCGUUAUUGUUUGCAGACAGCGAAUCGACGAAGUGCUGGGGGAAAUUGAGUUUAACGUGUUCCAUCGAUACUUCGACAUGAUGUUCGUUGUCAGUGCUUCGUGUAGUAUUGGCGUUCUGGCUCUAACCAAGUUCUCCAAGGCCUCGCGGACAGCCAACAACGACUACGGCGCACACGACAAGUUCCCGUAACAGGAUUCAGCCACUUUAAAUUAUGAGUAUGAUGAAGGCUAGUCUUGGAUGAACGGGAAGCUCAAGAAGUCGUUGUAGAGCAGGUUACCGUUAGCGUCGUAGUGAGCGGCACGGUAGCAGCGGUUGCAGAAGAACAUGGGGUCUACCACUGCCAUUCGAUCACCAUAACACACAUACUUGGCGCUGUAAUUCUGACAGAUCAAGCAGUUGCGCAGCGGGCGAUUCAGCGGAUUCGGUAAACGUAAAGGGAAUAUACCAGCGCUCUUCGGAGCGUCAAGUUCAUGCGGUAGUCGCGCAUCUCGAAGCCGUAGCAGGUGUUCACACUCUCCUUGAUGAAUGUACACACCCGGUACGUCGACGUGGAGCUCCAGAUCAGCAAAAGUUGACGCGUGGAGACUCCGAUGUGCUCGAGCAUUAUCAGUAAAUGCACCGAACUUCGCCUGACGCUCAGGCUUAGCUCGAAUCCAGCGAAUAAUCUGCUCGGAGUAGUCCAGACUCCCACGAACGCGUCGAUCCACAAAGAAUUGCUGACCAAAGUACACGAGCUUUGACGCUUUCGCGUGUCCGCUUAACCUCUCGUCAUUCGCACAGACAAUCAGAUCUACAAGCUCAGAAAUCCUCUGAGAGCGUCGUACUAGGAACGACUGCGUCUUCGCUGGGUCCUUGCUCGGAUGCAGCACGUCGAACCACAGAAUCGGGUCGUUGUCUUUUGGAACGUCGUGCUUGUCCACCUUCUCCUUCGCUUUCUGUUCUUCCUCAUUGUCCUCUUGCCCAUGCACAUCCGGCAUCGGUCGUGCGAACUCAAAGCACAUGGCUGUGAUCGUAUUCGCCAUUGACCUCUUCUGCGCCAAUCGUCUCUUCUUGAUC